CCGCAGCUUCGGCCGGGCCCCGCAGCGAGCGUAGCGAAUCUCCCCUCCCCGUCUAUCACAGAGAAGCCAGCCGGCGGUGCAACCGUCUGCCUGCUUGCCCGUCAGAGAGGUGACCCGUUGCUAGCGGUGCGGCUACGUUGGAUCUUUAGAAAGAAUUUGUCCUUGUGGAGUGACUUUGUAAUCCGUGCUCGUACAAAAAUCGCGUUUUUUUUUGCGAGAUAUUCUUCCCCUGAGUGGACAGACGGGGGGAGCUUUUUGACAUUUUUGUGUAAUUUUUUUGGACCAUGAAUGUUUAGAAAGCUGUCUGAAUAGUCGACGGGAGUUUCGAGAAGAAAUUUCAUUACACUUAUGGCGCGUGACGAGAAUUUUGUGUGGAAUGAAGAAAGGGAGAAGCUGCAGAAGAUGAAACGGCGCCUCGAGUCAGAACCGCCGCCUCCAGACAGCAGCAGUGCCGUUGGUGUUGGCGGUGCAGGCAGCGGAGGCGUCCCCACGCAAUCUGUUUUUUCGCGCGCUCCUGGCGUCGCCGGUGGCCCGCCUCUAUCGCCUCGCGUCCCACCCCAAGUGGUGCAGCCCGUCGUCACGGCUACAGUCGCAGCAGGGCCCGUGGGAUUUGUUCCCGCCAGCAAGCCUUUGAGCGUUGCUGAGCGGGUGGAGAGUAUGCCAGGCAGUGUGGUACAAGCUUUUCCUCCCCAACCUACACCACAAACUGCUUACGCAACUUCAUCUUCCUCAGGCUCCAUGCCAACUGCUACGACUGCUCCAUCUGUUUCUGUAAAGGUCCCUGGGGGUCUACAGGGUGGUGCCCCCACGUCGAGCCCUCUGCAAGCAGUUGGCCACCACGUGCAACCUGCUCCACCUCAUGGACUGCAUCAGACUCCUGCUCAUGGAGCAUUAAGGCACAAAGUGCAUGGGUGUCUGACCCCAACAGGCAGUGCUGCAGCACCAGCAGCAGGACUAGGUUCUGCUGGUGCUGCAGCAGCCCAGGCUGCUGGCCAGCAACAGCAGCAACAGUUUCAACGCCUAAAAGUGGAGGAUGCGUUGUCAUAUCUUGACCAGGUCAAAUACAAAUUUGGCAACCAACCCCAAGUCUACAAUGACUUUCUGGAUAUUAUGAAGGAAUUUAAAUCGCAAAGUAUUGACACUCCAGGAGUAAUUCAUCGUGUAUCAGAUCUCUUCAAAGGACAUCCAGAACUCAUUGUGGGUUUCAAUACAUUCCUUCCACCUGGUUACAAGAUUGAAGUCCAGUCCAAUGACCAGGGCUAUGCAUGUCAAGUGUCGGUGUCUAUGCCGACAAGCACAAUGUCGGCUACAACCACAUUGGUCCAUACACCCACAGGGACAAUAACACACCCAGCUGCCCCACCCACUGCUGUGCCCGCAGCAGUUAGUGGGCCUUCUGCAGCAGUACCACCUGUUCCUCAAGCUGCUGUUGUUCCAGCUCCAGGCAAUGGACCAGCGAAACCAAAUCUUGGAGGACUUCAUGGAAGGUCGUCGGCUCCAGCAGCAACAGCCACAUACCAUUUGACUGGGGUAUCUACUGCUGCAGCAACUAACGCUGCUCCUGCAGCGUCGACCCCUGUGGCUGGGCCUGCCACUCAUCACCAUACGCCUCCAGGAGCAGCAGCUGCAGCAGCAGUCGCAGCAGCAGCAGCGGGUUAUGCUCCCCCUCCUAUCCCAGCUGCUGCCACUCCGGUGACUGCAGUGCAAACUGCGGCAGCUGUGCCUGGUGGCCUCCCUAAUAAUACAUCUGCUGCUGCUCACCAUAACAGUCAUCAUCACCACCACCACCAUCAUGGUGCUGGGGCUGGCCCACAAGCUGGCACUGGUGCGCUAGCAGAGAGUGCAGCUUCAUCACUACAUCCACCUCCUCCUCCAUCACAAGGCCAGCCAGUAGAAUUCAACCAUGCAAUCAACUAUGUGAACAAAAUUAAGAAUCGUUUUCAAGGCCAACCAGAUAAAUACAAGCGCUUCUUGGAAAUUCUUCACACUUACCAGAAGGAGCAGCGCAAUCUAAAGGAAGGUGCACUUGCUCCAGGAAAACAGUUGACUGAAGCUGAAGUUUAUGCUCAAGUUGCUAAAUUGUUUGAAAAUCAAGAAGAUCUUCUUGCAGAAUUUGGACAGUUCUUGCCUGAUGCUACGUCACAUCAAGCAGCUUUAGGUAAAGGGCCUAAUGAUCAUGUUGGUCUUGUGAAGAAAGCUGGGGUCAGUUCCAGUUUGAAACCAAACUACAACUCUUUGAGCAGCCCAGGAAGUCGUGAAAUUCCUAGUCUUGGAUCUAGUGAUCACCAUCGUUCCAGUACAAGUACUGCAGGAGGCGCGAGUACUGCUGAUAGGCCUGGCAUUGGAGGUGCUGGAUCGAGUUCUUUAGGAUCAAGCAGUGGAAGUGGAGGAGUGUCUGGCAGUGGGAAACCUGGACAUGCAGGAGGCCAGUUGAAGAGAUCUCCUUCUUAUGCGUCAACUUCUCCGGGUGGCUCUGGAGCUCAUCAUGGUCCUCCAGCAAAGAAGCACAAAAUGACUUCUCUGCGGGAUGUGUCUUUGGCAGAAGCUGGAAAAUAUGGGAGUCUUUCAGAUUACGCGUUUUUUGAUAAGACUAGAAAGGCUUUGAAGAAUCAAGAGGUAUAUGAGAAUUUUCUCCGUUGCUUGGUGCUAUUUAAUCAUGAAAUAGUAAGUCGAACUGAACUGGUGCAGCUUGUUACACCAUUUCUGGGCAAAUUUCCUGAACUUUUCCGAUGGUUCAAAGACUUCCUGAACUAUUCCGACUCAAUAAUGCCUUCAACUGCUGGCCAUGGACCUGCAGGUACCAGUGGUUUGAGUGGACAUCACCAUGGUGGUGCUGAGCCUAUACCUAAUAAUGUUGCACGCCAAGACCGGCCUACUGGGGAUCUUGCCAUGGAAAUAGAUUACACUGCAUGCAAACGACUUGGGGCCAGUUACUGUGCUCUGCCAAAGAGUUACGCACAGCCAAAGUGCUCCGGGCGCACACCUCUCUGUCGCGAAGUGCUCAAUGACACAUGGGUGUCUUUUCCGACAUGGAGUGAGGAUUCUACAUUUGUUACAUCUCGCAAAACUCAAUAUGAGGAAUACAUUUAUCGAUGUGAAGAUGAGAGGUUUGAGCUUGAUGUUGUCAUAGAAACAAAUGCCGCUACAAUAAGAGUACUUGAGGCAGUCAACAAAAAGUUGUCUCGCAUGUCUCCAGAAGAAGUUGCUAGAUUCAGACUGGAUGACUGCCUAGGCGGUUCAUCGCCCACAAUUCAUCAAAGGGCACUUCGAAGGAUUUAUGGUGAUAAGGCAGCUGAUAUUGUGGAAGGCUUGAAAAAGAAUCCUGUAGUUGCAGUUCCUGUGGUACUAAGAAGACUAAAAGCCAAGGAGGAGGAAUGGCGAGAAGCACAAAAGGGUUUCAAUAAACUCUGGAGGGAACAGAACGAAAAAUACUACUUAAAAUCAUUGGAUCAUCAAGGCAUUAACUUUAAGCAAAAUGAUCUCAAAGCUCUCCGCUCUAAAAGCCUAUUCAAUGAGAUUGAAACUUUGUAUGAUGAGCGGCAUGAGCAAGCAGAAGAGGGAGAUGCUGACAGUGGAGGAGUGAAUGCUGGUGGUCCCCAUCUUGUGUUGCCUUACAAAGAUCGCUCAGUGUUGGAUGAUGCAGCAAACCUGUUAAUACAUCAUGUGAAAAGACAGACUGGAAUUCAUAAAGAAGAUAAGCAACGAAUCAAGCUAUUGCUAAGGCAGUUUUUGCCUGAUAUGUUCUCUCACCCUCGGCAGCAACUUUCAGAUGAUGAAAGGGAUGAUGAAGACGAAAAGGAAGAAGUUGAUCUGGAAACAUGUACUCCACCUGGAAACAGUACAAACAGUGGGCCAAAUACAUCAACAGCAUCACCUGCAAACCCAGCUGCUGGGCAGUCAUCUACAAGUGGUACAUCCAGUGGAAGUUCAAGAGGCAGGAAAGGUGAUGCUCCUGUGAAAAAGGAACCCUUGGAUGGGGAUGUCAAGCUUGGAGCCCACUCGUCUGGAUCAGGUGGAGACUCGGAUCCUGCUCGACCAAUGGGAAUGGGUGGGAUGGCUGGAGUUCAUCCAGAUGAAACUUAUACUCUAUUUUUUGGCAAUAAUAAUUGGUACCUGUUCCUGAGGCUUCAUCAAAUACUUUGCGAACGACUCACUCGCAUGUAUGAGCGAGCAGUUCAGUUGGCAGCAGAUGAAGCGAGAUAUCGUCGUGGACGAAAAGAGUCCACUGCCAUUGCUCUUCGUUUAAAACCUAAAAGUGAAAUUGAAGUGGAAGAUUAUUAUCCUGCAUUUUUGGACAUGGUCAAAAAUGUCCUUGAUGGCAAUAUGGAUGCAAAUGCAUAUGAAGAUACCUUGCGAGAAAUGUUUGGGAUCCAUGCAUAUAUUGCCUUUACAUUAGACAAGGUCGUCAGCUACGCUGUUAGACAGCUUCAGAACUUGGUGUCCGAUGAAACUUGUCAAGAAUGUGUGGAGCUGUUCCAUCAAGAAUCUCGGAGGGGUGCUACUGGUGGGCUUUGUGUCACAGCACAUCAGCGUCAAGGCUCUGAAUUGCUGUAUCAAAAGAAAGCAGAAAGUGCCCUUUCUGAUGAAAAUUGUUUUAAAAUCCAUGUGUAUAAGAAAGACUGUAAAGUUGCCAUCGAGCUCCUUGACACUGAAGGAGAGGAGGCUGAUCCUCCAGUGGAUGUGGACAAGUGGUCUACAUAUGUGGAGCAUUAUGCCAACAAUGGAGUGGGCAGCACUACUGGAACCACCCAAGGUGUCACUUCCACUGGAGAUACACACGCUCGUUCUGAAGAGGACAGAGGGGACCUGAGUGAUCCAGAUGAGGUGGAAUCCUUCCUGGAAUCAGGGCUUUGUGGCCGUCGUAAGCCUGUGUUCCUGCCGCGGAACGUCAGAUUGUGGAGGAGAAGGUCUGGCAGUCUCUUCCACAGCGGAGGUUGGGCAAGGUCUUCCGAAUCGCUCAGCACAGAUCCUGAUGUUAAGCCAGAGAAGACUGAUGACUCUGGGAACACUGCAACUGGAGUGAAGCGAAAAGACAAAGCAGACAAAUCAAGUUCUGAAGAUGACAAGAUUCCAGAAGUGGAACGAGGCAAAGGUAGCUCGAAAGCAAGAGUCAAUAACACAAAUAAUAGCUCUUCUAGUGGUGGUGGUGGUGCUGCUAGCCUCAAUGACAUUGUGACUUCUGACAGCACUCAGUGUCGGUUCAACAUAAACCAGUAUCGUAUGGUAUUUGUCGUCAAUAAGGAGAACUACUUGUAUAAACGACAGGCUUUGCAACGAGCCCACCAGUCUCAUCCUGCUGUCUCUCGAAACUUGUCUGCCCGCUUCUCCCGCUGGCAUGUUUCAUGGGCUCGUGAACAUGUGUCAGAUACGCAGCAUCGCACAUGUGUGGACUGGUUGAUGGGUCGUGGUGAAGGAGUAGUUCCCAACCGCACUCGUGUACUUUCGGACAAUGAUACGGCACGACCUCCUUACAGAGCUUACAAUCGGUAUAGUGUUGAUCGGUUAGGUCAACCACAACAAAAUCAGUCAAGUGUUUCUGGAACUUCAAGUAGUGGCAAUAAUGAUCCCUGAGUGAAGCCACGUGGUGGGGCUGUUAAACCCAUUAGGAACUGACACAACUUUUCAAAUCCUGGACGGAUGUCCAGGAGGAAAUGAGGCCUGUGUAAUAUGGGCCUAGCACUUCUCUGAUAUGGAAAACCAUAAAAGGGAUGAGGGCUUCAAUUCACAUUUGUGGUGCUCUAGCAGUUUAAUUUUGAAGUUGGUGUACACUGCUAGGGUGUAGGCAUUGCAAAUGUCUUCCUUGUUGCCAGUAUCUUCUGCAUUGAUCUUGAAGUGAAAGUAAGAUUCUCAUCAAUUUUGCAGGAUCAGAGAGAGGAGUCUUAGAUGCUAUGCAGAAUAAUGAAGAGCAUGACAAGAACACAACUGGUGGAUUACCAGAAUAUCUGGGCUGAGAGUUGUCUUAGUACUCAACAAAAAAUUUGGGCCUGUCAGAGAUCUACUUCACAGUGGAAUGUGAGUAGAAUGCAGGUCUCAAAUAUUACCUCACAGGCUUACCGUUUGUGGACAAGAAGAAACACUGGUGCAAAUGCACAGGUUGUAAGUCUCCAAAACGAGCCUGAAGAGAGGGAGAGAGCUGGGAUGGAAAUGGUUCCUCCCAGGUUAUAGCAAGAUUUUCCAGCAGCAACAGGCCUUAUGAACUUCUUACUCGUAAGAAUAAUUUUCUUGCAAAAGGCAUCGUGCCUGGCAAAAUUUUGAGAUUGUAUGCCCUCUGGUUUAUCAGCUCUUGUGACCAUAAGUAAAAUAUUGGGGAGUUGUGUAUAUCUUAUUACAUGCACUAAAAUGAAAAAGACAGUCUCACGUAAAAGGUGGUUGAAAGAAUGAUCUUCCAAGUCAAAACAAGUAAGAAGUUUGAUGCUUGUUAGUAUUGUAAGACAUCAUCAAAAUAUUUGACUUCAAAAUUUGUAACCAUAAUACCACAAGUUGGUUUCACCAAUCGUGAAGUACUUUUGAUAUCAGGCAUUAUAUUGGAUACUACAACAAGCACUGUGUCUAAAUCUUAUUCUGGGAACCUAAUGCAGAUACAUUGGGGGCUGCACUUUGUGUUAGUUUUGGUUUAGGUGAACUUUAUCUAAAUGCCAAAACAAACUUUUCUUCCAGUCUGACUUCUACUCAAAUAUUUGUCAUAUUUGAAUGGCCCAACAAUAAGGAAUUUGGUACAUGUUUCUUUUGUACAGAAUUCUAGUGCUGAUGAAAUUUUAUUUUCAAAGAUGAGGCCAUAAUUUUAAAAGAAGUAGACAAAGUGAAUUGGGUGUGCAUGCAAGCCUUCCAAAGAAAGCUGCAUUAAAUUCCAAUGCUUUUUUUGCAUUUUCUAUUUCGUACCAUCUACAUUUUUCUGUAAUAUUUUUUCUUUGAUGUACAUGUCAGUUUUUUGUACCAUCCUGUGGCUGGUUGUUUUCUUCUCUUUUUAUCUUGGUAUUUUUUAAAUUAAAUUUUGUUAUUUCAUAUCUUUAGAUUAUUCUUUUGUCCCAAAUCAAUUUAUUUAUUUCUUCAGAAAUAUUUUAAGUGAAGGGGGAGUGUUCCUGAAAUAUUGAUCAGUUAAUCUGUUGUGCUUGUCCAAUGAACUUGGGCUUGAAUUACUAUGAGCAUUUACAAAAUGGAAAACUUUCCGAAUAAGAGGACGGGAAUCUUAAAAGCAAGACUUCUUUGUGCACAUUCUAGCUCGUAAAUGAGCUUUGAGCCUGGAACUUGCCAAAAACACUGGAUAACCAAUGACAAUAAGAGAAAUGUUAAUUUUGGGAUUGGUUUUCCUGCUAAUUUGUCUUGUCAGACUUGUUUGUUAUGGCAAAAAUGCUGUAGCAAAUGAUUACCUACUUUUGAGCACUGGCAAUUACCCAUGCCUCAGAAUCGUGUCACCAUUACUGCUGCCGUCACCACAACUGCCUCAGCUGUUGCCGUUGCCACCACCAUCACAACCACCACCACCACCACCACCACCACCACCACCACCACCACCACCACUACCACUACCACCUUGUAUUACAACAAUGUUUGUUCUGAAGUGGAGUGCUACUGGUUAUAAUUUUUUCUAGCUGUCAGGCUUUUGUAGCCUUUAAAUAAUCAUUGCAUUCAGAAGAACUAUUUUAAUGUGUAAAUAUUUUGUAAAUAAAUGUAGAGAAGGCAUUUUUUUGGAAAUCCGCAUUACUUUUUUAAAAGUGAUGUGGUGUGAAGAGACAGCACUUAUAGGAUGGGGAGCACUGGUUGGAUGAUCAGUAAUGAUGAGGUGGGACCAAAUUGUGAAGAGUGUUGCUAAAGAGCAUAUGCAUUACAAAGUGCAAUUAUUAUUCUGUGACAUUUGUUCAUCUCUUGAGUUUGUUCUUUGUACAAAUGUUUUCAUUGUGUAAAAUGUAAAUACUUUUUUAAUGUAAUGUAUUACACCAUUUGUCUAAAAAAGUGUUGGAUUGGACUUAUCUCCCCUCCCAAAAGUGCUUCUUUUCACACCCUCUCCCAAGAUUUAGUAAUAUUCUGCUUAAACUGCCUUUAGUUGUUAUAGAUUGUGCAAUUUUUUAAUUAUGUAGGCAGUAUUAAGCAACAGGGUUGAUAUUUGAAAACAAAUUCUGACCCUCGCAGCUACAAACAAGGUAGAAGGGAAAAGGAAUGUGUUAUGAGAACAUUUCCAUCCUCAAAUGUUCGCUGUACAAAUUUAUUUAUUUAUUUGUGGUAAAGUUGCCAGUCUAAGACUAUCUUUCUCCUCAUCCCCAUCCUAUCCUGUCCCAUCCCACCCCACCCCACCCCACCCCAAAAGGUCAGGCUUGAAGGUUUGUGCUGUGCUGCACAAUUUGUGGGACUGUGUAUGUAAAUGUUAAAAAGUAAGGUUACUCUGCACAGUUCUGUAAACCUUUCCACCUGUCCAGGGUUGCCAUCUGUGAUUUUUUUAUUUGCACAUUUUUGUUACUUUGUUAUUUUUGUUGUACUCUUAAUUACUUGCCCCAUCAUACCUCUGUGAGGGAGCAUUCCUUGAUGAGACCAUUCAACACUGUUAAGUUGACUAUAUAUUUGUGCAGAUAACUUUUUUAUUAUUUUAUUGACAAAGGAAUCUGUAAAUAUAAUAUAUUUAUGUAUAUAUGACAGCCCUGGUCAGAUUGCUGCAAAAGCAGUACAGUUCACAGAUAGUAAAUACAUAGAAGCUUUUGACACAUGAUGGUUGGCUGGGUUUAUUACCAUUUUUCCGGAACAAAAAUAUUAAAUCAUCAUGUCAGUAAUUGUAUUAAAUAUUUUCUGUACAUCUGAUCAAAAUGUGACAUGGUUAUGCAAUGACUGAUCAGUAAGAAUUGUUAAAUGCUUUGAGUGAAUGUGUGAUAGAAAGUGUCAGACUCGUUUGUUUGAUCUUAGAUCGUUGAUAUCAAUUGCAAUGUUUAGUUACAUUGUGACAUAUUUUUGAAGGGAAUUAUUUGAAGUUUGUUAAUGAUAAAUGAUCAGUAGAUCUUUUAAUAUUGAUAGUUUCAAUAUUUUCUUCCUGUUUUAAAUAUUGCAUUUUACAACUACACCAAAAAAUAAAACAAUUAAAAAUCAAUUGCAUCGUCUUUUGCACAGGCUGAUGUCUCACUGUUUUACUUUAAAAUGUCUGUUAGGUAGCCUCGAUUCUAAGAGAAAAAACUGAAGUGUUAUCCUAUGUAUUGCCCAAACUUGCCAUAAUUGAAAGCUGUGGUAAUGUUGGAUAACAAAUGAUGAAAUGCAUAUUCUGAAAAUGAUUUAAAUUUUAUGUUCUUUAUUUUGCUUGGGUUUUGUGACAAGAACUUUCAUUUUAGUCUUAAGAUUUUGUCAGGGAGUUAUUUCUUU